CGGCCGUUCAUCAGUGCCAACUGUGCUACCGAUACCACUCACUCCGAUUCUGUCGGAGCUUCUUAGCGAUGGGGCCAACUCAAAGAAGUCAGGUGGCUCGCAGUCUUAGGUACUGCGUAAACUGUUUGGCUCGGACCCAUGUCGUUGCUGAGUGUGACAGUAGUGACACCUGUUUGUACUGCCAGCAACUACACCAUACUCUGCUUCACCCCAAUAGACGUAGUCGAACAGUGCAUGAACGCCUGGGAGAACGGCCUAGCAACAGUGGCUCACCCAUCCGAAGUAGGAUGUCCGUAGUGCGUGCAACAACCAUACGCAGAAUACGCUCCACCACACCGGGCCACAAUGCAAGAAACGGCAACAACAGCACCCGGCGCCGCUACACCAAUCAACAAAACCGCACCACCAACAUCAGACACCACACCAUCCGCCACCGCAAUCGCAACAUCAACCGCAACAUGAACCACAACAACAACAACCGAAACAACACCCAACCACCGGCUCCAAAUCACCAUAUCCUUUCCGAGGCAAUCCGAUCAUUAGCCGUGGUCUUAUGUGCUUCCUCCUCCAACCAAUAA